AUGUCUUUAGUAUCUUAUUAUGACAGCGAUGAUAAUAGUGCAAGCGGCGAGGAAAACGAAGAAGCUAUCAAAGUUGAAAUAAAAGCCACUAAAACGAUAACAACAGCUGAAAGUAAAAGUAGAGAAAAUGAUAAAACGACCCCAGCUUCACGAGUUACGGUUUUGUCUGGACAGAUUAGCGAUGAUGAAGAUGAUAUGACUGUGAGGCCGAAUGAUUAUGGUGGGAUUGGGUCAGGACAGACUGAUGAAGGUAAUUUUCUUCACAAUAAUUUGCCAGUACCCAAAAGUUCUGUAGAAACAGUAGAUGAGGCUGGUGUAGUUCUGGAUGAUAAGCUCGAAGAUGAAGUCAAACCAAAAAAAUCUCAGAUGAAAGAUGCUCCCAAACCACCUCCUAAACGUUCAAAACAACCAGUUAGAAUAACUAUUCCAAAACUUCAGGAUGAUGAAGAUGAACCAAAACAGAAGAAAAUAAAAUUGGGACCAUCUACACAGAAGAGUGGAUUGACAUCUCUGUUACCUCCACCAGUUCAUGCAGUGAAGAAAGAAUCUAACAGAAUUUUAGUGCCUCACACUUUAAAAAGGAAGCCACCACCUAAGCCUAACGUGGAUAAGACUAAAACAGCUAGUAAGAAACCUAAUGAAGAGGCCAAGUCUCUGAAGAAAUUGACGGCAUUUCAAGCAAUGACUGGAUACGAAAGUGAUAGUGACGAAGAAAAUUCAAAUUCUGGAAAUUUCUUUUCAUUGGACGUAGAUACUGAGAAUAAUGCUGAACAUUUAGAAUUGUCGAAAGAUCUUCCACCUUGUUUGCCGUCAGUGUCCGAUAUUCUACCAGACGUGUCAGUGACGUCACAAACAGGGCCUGUGUCCACGCUACCUAAAAUCACAGUGAACCCUGAUGCACCAUUAGGGUUCAAUAAAGGACAUAAUAAUCCCUACUCUGGUGCUCUGGUUAAUUCACAACCCUCUGUCAGUUCAAUAGCUUCAAGUAGUAAUAGUCAUUCAGAUAUAUCUCAGUCAUUUUAUAAUGUUCCUUAUUCACAGAAUGAAGAAUAUAGUAAUAAUUAUGAAGAGCUACCACCUGUCAAUAAAAUACCAGAAGUUGAUGAUUAUCUACAAGAUGAACAGUUUCUACGAAUACAAGGAAAGAAACGGCGUGGUAAAGAAGAUAUUAAUAUUAUUGAGGCCAAUAUGAAUGAUUAUAUUAAUAGUAAUGAUAUUGAACUAACUAAAACACUAACUGAAGAAUCCACACAUCAACCUCAUAGAAAUAAAGACAGUAUGCCCACUGGUAAAGAAAAACGUAAACAUCAAAUUACCUACCUAGCUUUCCAGGCUAAAGAAAGAGAGUUUGAACUGAAGAAUGCCUGGGCUCAAGGUCGAGCUACUAAACGUCAAACUCAGUCUAAAUAUGGAUUCUAA